AUGGGGUCCGCGGAGGAGGCGGGGGGGCGGCAGGUGGACCUCCGCCGAGCGGCGUCGGCGGGCGUGCUGCAGGCGGAGGACCGCGCGCACGCCGCGGCGGACGCGCUGCAGCAGCACCGCGCGGACCAGCAGCAGCAGCAGCCGGCGGCGCGCGCGCUGCCGGGGUGGUCGACGCGGUUGAUCGACUACUUCGUGGUGUGCGGGCUGGGCGCGGAGGUGCGCACCAUGGACGGGCAGCGCGGCUUCCACGGCGUCACGGCGCGCGACGGCGACCCCAUGCUGUACCAGCCGCAGAUGACGCCGCUCGACUUCUACCCGCCCAAGGAGCACAAGAAAUUCGGCGUCCCCGAGGGGCUCCCCAUGGUGCGCCGCUCCGCGCGCCCUCCGCCUGCCCAUGUUGCGCGCCCAACCCUCCCCGCGCGGUUCACCACUCCACUCUCCCACUCUUCGCCACCCUUCAUUCCCCUCGCCUCUCACCCCAUCUUCGGCCGUCCGCAUGCGAUGGCUUCCUGUGGUUCUCCUCCUCGUGUCUCGCCCACUCCCUCUUCUCUCGCUCCCCGCCUGCCUCCCACUCUACAAUUCUUGCUAUUACUCCCUCCCUCCCUCCCUCCCUCCCUCCCUCCCUCCCUCCCUCCCUCCCUCCCUCCCUCCCUCCUUCCCGCACUCGCUCCCUCCCUCCCUCUCUCCCUCCCCCUCUCACCUCUUUCCUCGCUCCUUCCCUUCGAGCUUUUCCCUGUGGUGAUGCCGCGGGGGCUGCGCUUCUACGAGAGAGGGCCGUUCUCGGGCGACAAGAGCACUCAGCCGCGCUCCUACCCCAUGGUCAUCACAGACACGGUGGGGACGAAGGUGUAUGUGACGGUGGUGGCGUUCCGCGACCCGGUGGAGGAGGACGUGGCGGAGGCGUGGGGCAUCCCCGCCUCGCACUACGUGGACAAGUGCCUGUGCCUCGUCAGCCACUGGCCCUUCUUCCACACCUUCACCCAGGCGCUCGAGGAGAUCCACCGCAUGUGCUUCUGCACCGCCGGCUGCACGCAGCCGGUGUGGGAGCUGGUGCAGCACCUGGUGACAGCAGUGCCGCUGCCCGACCCCGGGCGGCGAUCUGUGGUGUUUUCUGUGGAGAAGUGCCUGCUCUUCUGCGAGGCGCCGCCGCCCGCCACGCUGCCCGCCGUGCAGUUGUCGUUCCACCCGCUGGUGCGCAGCCUGGACGUGGACAACAUCAUUCUGCUCGUCACGGCCGUGCUGCUCGAGAAGCGCAUCCUCCUCCGCGCCACGCAGUACGAGCUGCUGACGCUGGUGGCGGAGUCGGUGUCGCACCUCAUCUACCCCUUCAAGUGGGCGUACCCCUACACGCCUGUGCUGCCACUCAACAAGCUGGAGCUCGUGCACAUGCCAGGAAGCUUCCUCUUCGGCAUCGUGCCGACGCGGUGGACGGACCACGACCUACCAGGCGGGGUGAGUGAGAGGGUCAGGUCACUCCCCGGGUCACACACCUCUGCCUUGGGGCUCCCCCCUGCAUCCACCCUUGAGCGUUCACAGGUGAUGGUGGUGGACCUGGACGCCAACCGCAUCGCCAUCACCACCAGCGGCUACGACGACGAUGGAGACACCAUUCCCCCGCUGCCCGAGCCCGAGAACACGCAGGUGCGUGCCCUGGGGGGUAAGGGGAGAGGAAGCCUGCAGGUUCGGGAGGCGUUGCUGCAGCUGGUGGCGCCGGACCUGAUGGCGUUGGACCAGGCGCGCACACGCGACUUCAGCUGCGACCUGCACAAGUUCAGACGGCCCUGGGGGCGCCUGCACGACCGCGCGAUCCGAUUAAUCUUCUUUCGCUUCUUCGCCUCCAUCCUCUGCAGCUACAGACAUUUCGUGGACAAGGUGGUGGAGCCGUCGGGCCACGUCAAGUCGACGUUCAACAAGGCCAGCUUCUUCCGCAAGCGAGCUAAGGUCACCGGCAACACCGACGAGCCCCUCGUGAGUGGGUGGCGGGGGGACAGGGGAAGAGGUUCUAUGAGGGCACAUGGCACGCCCAUGGACUUAUUUACAUGCUGGGCUCCCGGCUCACACCCCACCCCACUGCACGCCCGUUCCUCCACGUCCCCCCCCCCGCAUGCACGGCUGCAGAUAUCGCAGCUGCUGCACACGCAGUGCUGGCAGCAGUUCCUGGACGGCAGCAGCAGCGGGGUGGCGUCAUUCUUUGACCGUGCGCUGGUGGAGCUGGAGGCGCUUGACAUCGCCACCGGCCCCGCCAUGGCGUCUGUUGACCUCGCUGAUGAUGACGGCGCGCCCGAGAUUGUCACCGUGCCGCCUCCCACGCCUAAAGAGCGGGCAGGGGUGCGGUACUCGCAUCGCACCGGGUGCUCCCUCAUUGGACCGCAGUGCGGAGGAGAAGCAGUUUUUGAGACGCCCACAAAAUCCCUCUGUGCCGCUCCUAACACGCUCCGUCGCUCCCCACCCCGUUCCAUUCUCCCCACCAUGGCAGAGCGGGCGGGGGGGCGGUACACACACCGGGCGUUCCCAUCGUUGGAGCGCAGUGCGGAGGAGAAGCAGCGGCGCUACGAGUUCCUGCAGCAGGUGCGCCUCGCCGCCGACGCCCAACACAACUCCGAGGCGCGCCGCGUCGUCAGUUCGGAUGUGGAGGAGGCGGUGGUGCUGGAGGAGAGGAGCCGCGGCACCAACAGACUGCGCGAGCAGGAGGUGUGGAGGGGGAAAGCGGUGUGGGGUGCAUACCCCCUCGCUUUCCCCCUUUUUUCGUUCACUGUGCCACUCUCAACUGCCCCUGUUUUCCUGCAUUUCCCCUCCCCCUCGCCCCACCAGGAGCGGGAUGCCAUGGUGGGCGCCAUCAAGGGCAAGUUCUCCGUGAGUGCCCCGCUGCUCCCUCUCUCUCUCCCCCUGGCUCCCACCCCACUGCUCUGCUCUCGGUUGCUUCACUCCCUCGCGCCCCUGCCCACCUGCCCAUGCGCCAUGCCAUGCAUGCCUUGUUGUCCGUCACGCUACUUGCUCGACACAUACUCUUCUGCACAUCCCUGCUGCUGCCUCACUGCCUGUGCCUUCUACAAGCUAUGGGACCAGCUGCUGGCGCUGCCGCCCGACGAGGAGCCGCUGUCGUCACGGGAAUACGGGACGAUUUAUGGUGAGAUGUUGCGUGGGGGCAGCGGGGCAUGUCAAUGCAGAAGCAGCAGGAGCAAGGUCGUCAUGAGCACUACUCACUGCAGCAUUGUCUUCCCCGCACCAUACUGUCACUGGCGCCUUCACUUGCUGCACUCGCACCUCCAUUCGCUUCCUCCCCUCCCCUCUCUCACCGCUUGUCAUGACCUGCCUCUUCCGUUGGACCCCCUUGCUUGUCCUCCUCCUGCCAUGUCCCUGCCUGUGUCACUUUCACCAUUUCUCACUUCAUGCCCCCAUACCCCCCAUGCCCGCAUACUCAUAUGCCCCCAUACCCCCCAUGCCCGCAUACUCAUAUGCCCCCAUACCCCCCAUGCCCGCAUACUCAUAUGCCCCCAUACCCCCCAUGCCCGCAUACUCAUAUGCCCCCAUACCCCCCAUGCCCGCAUACUCAUAUGCCCCCAUACCCCCCAUGCCCGCAUACUCAUAUGCCCCCAUACUGCCCCACAUCCCUCGUUGUGCUCCUCGCCAUCCCAUCCUUCUCCGCCCUUGCCACACUCGCUCAUCCUCACCGCACCAUACCGCACUGCACACCUGUGUGGCAUGGCAGCGAUGAUGGAGGACGAGGAUGGAGUGGGGAGCUCUGGCUUCAUGGAGGUGCUACAGGACAAACUGCAGUCCAAGGCGUGGGGAGGCGAGCUCAAGGCGGACCUCUUUGUGGCUGUGCGCGAGCUGCUAUGCAUCCCUCCCUGCAUGCCCUUCCUCCCCGCUCCCACUUUCAUCUCAUGUCUCCCACUCGCGCACUCUCUGCUUGCAACAGUAGUACUCCCUCCCCUCCCCUUGCAUCCCAACAUAAUCGGCCCACCCCGCUCCCCACCACCCCUCCAGGUGGUGCUGUCGAUAUACCGCGCCGCCAAGCGCAGUGACAUGCAGUUGGUGGUGCUAUCAAUAUCACGGGCCGCCAUGCGCAGUGACAUGCAGUCGGUGCUGGCAGCGUUGGAGCUGGCGGGGGCGGUGCACCAGAGGGACGGUGCGGGCCACAAGGACACCGUGCUCCGACACAUCGGCGCCCUGCCCAUCUGGAAGGACUUCCGGUGCUGCCCCACACCCCUCGCACACGCGUUCAUCUUUUCUGCAGCAUAUUUUGUCAACUGGCAUCCCACGGUGGUCUUGCUGCUGCUUUUCUCGCUCUGUCUCCCAUGUGCUCCGCCCGUGAUGGGGCCUCAUCCAUGCAUGCUCUCAUUCUCCCUCUCUUCUCAGGCCACUCACACUCCUGCCACCACGUUCUGGAAGACGUAUCACGACACGCAGCUGGAAGUCAACCCCGACUUUGAGGGCAAGGUGGCGGAUCUGGUGCAGCAGCUGCUGGGGGGCCUCGCCCAAGUCAUGGCGGAGAUGGGGCUGGUGGACGGGGACGCGUGGGCCAUGCUCGAGGUGCUCUCCAGCCGCCUCAGCCUCAAACGCCAGAUAGUGCUGCGAGGCCAGCUGGCGUUGCUGCAGCGCGCGUGGCAGUACUACCCACUCUCGCCCACCUCGCCUCUCUUCUCCGCCACCUUCGCCCGCCACACCCACGCCACCCCGGGCACCGUUGAGGAGGGCGGCGGUGAGGGCGCGGGCGGCGGCGGGGCGGGCGGCGAGAGCCAGCUGACGACAGCACUGGGGACGGCGGCGGGGCGGUGGAUGAGCACGCUGGGGAACCUGAACCUGGGCAACUUCCAGAAGCAGCAGCAGGACAAACUGCUGCAGGGCGGGGGCGGGUCUCAGCGCAUUGGAGGUGCGUUGGCAGGGGGAAGGGAGGAGGGCAGAGGAGCGGGGGGCGGGAUGGUUUCCAGCAGGAGUUUUUAUUCUUCGGGCUUUCGGGUGAACCCAGAAGCGCUGGCAGGAGUGCUCGCAGUGUUUGACUCGGAGGGUGGCAAGGAGCGGCCGGGGGUGACAGCAUCCAAGUCGCUGCGCCACUCGCACGCGCAGGGGAGGGGCGCCACCGGGGUGCGCGUUCUCCGGGGCCACAAGCAGCCAAUCACAGCGCUCCACGCGGGCACGCGCAGCGAGCUGGGCGACCUGCUGCCGGACGGCGAGGACGGCGCGGGGUACUUUGUGAGCGGCAGCUGCGAUACGAGUGUAAAGCUGUGGGACCCCAGCACGCGGGGGGAUGAGCUGCGCGCCACCAUGCACGGCCACACUGGCCCGGUGCGGUGUGUGGGGUCGGACGCCACGAGGGUGCUGUCAGGCGGCGACGACAAGCGCCUGCUCGUGUUUGACAAGGCCACCGCACGCAUGCUGGCGGACCUGCGCGGCCACCACCAAAGUAUCAUAGCGCUGCGCAUGCUGCCGGGGCUGAACAAGGGCAGUGUGGUGACGGCGGGCAGGGAGGGGCAGGUGAACCUGUGGGACACGCGCACGGACCACAUCGCCAGCACGCUCUUCACGUGCCCCUCGCCCCACAUGAUCCUCUCUCUCGACUACCUCGACCACGCCGGCAUCCUUGUGGCCGCUGGCACCCAGGGCAUCUGCUAUGUGUGGGACGUGCGGGCAGGCAAGGAGCGGUUCCAACUAGAAGGCCACACCAACUGGGUCAGGGCGGUGCGGGUGGCGGGGGAUGUGGUGGUGACGGGCAGUGACGACUGGACGGCGAGGGUGUGGACGCUGAACGACGGCGAGUGUGAGGCGACGGUGGCGUGCCAUGCGGGGCCCGUCACCGCCGUGGACUACGUCACGGCGUCACGUGGCUUCAUCACCGGCUCGGCUGACUGCACCGUGCGCCUCUGGGACCGCGGUGAUGGGGUGCAGCCGCGGUGUGUGAAGACGCUGACCAACCACACGGCGCCCAUAGUGGCGGUGCGGGCCUCGGACCGCUACGUCACCAUGGCAGCGGAGGACGACUCGCUCUCCCUGCUUCACCGCCCCUUCGCUGACCGCUCCUCGCCUUCGCUGAGCCCCUUAGGCGGGCCGGGCAGCAUGAGCAACGGCGCGCGCGGCUACGUGGGCAGCGUGGGGGUGAUGACGGACUGGCAGCUCGCCAGACACCUCAACCGCGCCCCCGACCUCAUACGACAUGCAGCAUGCGAUGUGGACCGCGGACGCAUCUGCACGGGCGCUCGGUCGGGAGUGCUGCGCGUGUGGGAGCCACCCACACCCCUUGCAUGA